UAAAUAUCGCAAUCUUAGAUCAGAUUUAAUCCCCUCUACAACAGCUCGUUACCAAACAAUGAUUAUUAAGAAAAAGUUUUCAGUACUGUUGACGCUACCAACUUGAUAACGUUAAAAAUUGACGCGGUGGCGACGGGUUGCGGGCGGUUGCGUCACAUGUGAAAGUCAUUUUUUAAUGGAUUUUUUUAUAGUGUCGACAUAACGUACUUAGUAUUUAGUCAGUUUUCAACUCAAUAAUACUAGACUAGACUUAAUGGUUGAUUAGUUCUCUUUCGAAGGAUAUAUUACAAAAAAAGCAAACGGUGAAAGUAUUCGAUUAAAUUUUCAUCAUCAUUUCCGGGAGAAAAGAUUUUGAACUAAAAUAUUCGGAAGAAUGUCGUCAUGUAAUGGCCACAGGUCGAACCGUCAGGCAAGUCAAACAUGGAGAACGUUUAAGAAGAUCUCAGACUUCUUUGAAUCCGGUUUCGUCGCCUAAUAUAGAAAUUAAAUCGACAGGAGAUGUUGCCAGAGUGGUUAAAACUAAAAAACUGGUCGAGGUGGAUGGCUAUGGGCCAUACAAACCAGUACCUCCUCCAAAACCUCUUUCCCAACAAUCAAGUAUUGCGCAAGAAGAAUCAUCUGGUGUUAUUCCUCCUCCGUACAGAAUGCCGCCAUAUCCUUUGUACAACGAACCAAGUAUACCCGGCGCUACAGUACUAGAUCAACCCAUAGCUACAUCUAGUCCAGUGACUCCUCAGGGAUUACAUACGCAUUCCAGUAAAUUUCCGAUCGAAAGAGAAGUGAUACUUUCCAGUACAGAAAAAAACUCCAAAAUACCAAUACUUCACGAUUACAAGAAAAGAAGUAAAGUGGCGGUUGCUCCCGACGUUCCUCCCAAGCAAAUGGCUGCUUGGACGCAAAACCAUCAAAUUCUUCCAGAUCAGACACAUUCUGGCUUGAUCCAGACUAUUCAACAAUCCAAUGAUCCAAAUGGAUCCCCUUACCGCACUAAUUAUCACCAAGUACAAGACUACUACAAUGGCCAAAAUCUUAAUUCAACUGGCGCCGUACCACGAACGGCGUGGCAUGCCCCUGGAGAUACAAAUAAAACCACCUCCAGACCAUUACCCAUUACUGACGACUUUCCUACUAAUACCUCACACCCCCAAAAUGUCACUGUACAAAUAGAAAGUAAAGAAACAUCUCAGAAAGAUCAGAAAAAUAAAACUAUGGCCAAAACUUACAAUACUAUUAAAGAUAUGCUGUCAAAUAGAUUUAAAAGUAACAAAGAAAAUGAAGAAAAAGGCGAAGAAGCAGGUUUAAAUAACAUGGCAGAAGAACUGAGGAAAUCCCAAGGUAAUAUCGCUGAUGAAGGAGUUAGUAAGAAGGCUACAAUUGAACAAGGUUAUCAAAAACCUCCUAUCACAUCACAAUAUAAUCAGAGUUACAUGCAACAGCAGAUGAUAUCCCAACAUGCCCAACAGCAAUAUCAGCAACAAUUGAAAAAUCAACAAUACUCUCAGCAACUAGCUCAAGCUAGAUCUCAAGAAAUGUUAAAUCAACAACACUCAGAAGAACAGCUCUAUUACCAAAGCAACUAUGUUGCUUCAACCCCACAACGAAGACAAGUACCUGUACCUCCCAGAGAAACAAAUUAUGUUCCGUUACAAGCUAUGCAACAGCAGCAUUUACAAUCGUCUCCUGAGAAACGUAGUGCUCAACAAUUAGAACGUGAUAGCCUUCGCCAAAGAAGUUUCGAAGCGAGAAGAGCAGCUUCUCAACCGCAGUUAGCGUACGAAGACGAAGUCCACGAAGAAUUACCAAACCGUAAACCUCAACCUCAAAUACCCACACCAAUGCGACGAGGAUCAUACGGAAAUAUCAUGGAAACUCAAACAAAAAAUGAUACGGAAAAGGAUAGUGACGACGGUGGGUUUUUGAGAAGAAAAGGUUCACAAGAACGUAGAUUAGAUCCUCCUGGGUUAAAUGAUAGAGUAGUAAAAAGUGAUGGAAAUAAUAUUGAUAACAGAAAAGAAAAUGACCAAAAAACGACUGACGAACUACAGGGGAGUCCAAGAAAGAGAUUAGAAGGAGAGAUAGGAAAAAUAGAAGGUGUUUAUAACGUUGGUCAAAGAAUAGCGAAAUUAGACGAGGAAAGUAAAGUUCAAAAGAAAACCAAUCCUAGUUCAGCCACGAGCUCUGAUUACGAUAAAACUGGUGGUCAAUCCUCAUCAAACAUUGAUUCUGGUAGAGGCAGCGCUGCGUACAGCAGUGGACGUAGACCAGGACCCGUAGAUUCAAAUAGUGAUCAUUUUGAUUCAGUACCUAACGUCACCAGAGGAAAAUACAGAGACCUACAAGACAACAGUCACGAUUCUGAAUGGGUGGAUAUUGUCGAAAACGAAUUAAGACAUAUUCUGGAACCAAAACUUCAUGAAUUAUCUAUACAAAAUAAUAACCCAGGAAAACCUCAUUCUGUUCUAAGUGAAAGUGUAUCAUCAAUGACACCUCCUUUACCCCCUUUAUCACCAGGAGAACAAUCUUCACCAAAUACAACUCCAAGAAAUUCGGCGAGGUAUAAACAUAACAGCUUGCCGUGCGGUAGUAGACCGGAAUACGAAAGUUACAAAAGUAAAAAUCAUUCUAGAAUUGUAGCCGGUGAAUCGAGAUGGAACAACAGUUCACCUCAGAAACAUAGGUCGCAGAAAAAAAUUGACCACAAUGCGAUUUUAAGAGGAAAACAAAUUUUUGGUUUAGAUAAUACUGACAUGACCUCGACAACAACAAGAUCCAUGGAUUUAGAAUCGAUUCUAGACGGACAAAGUGAUUCUGAUGAAGAUUUAAGUACUACAGAUGCUAGAGCUAUCAGGAAACAGUUAGAAGGUUUGGAAACAAUGUAUUCGGAAGUACUUAAAUUAUUAGGAGUUAAAAAACAUCCCGCUAAGUACCAACCAAAUGAUCCUCGGUUUACAAAACGAAGAUAUGGAAGUAUGUCUUCGUUACCGUCAAGUUCCGUCAGUAGUAGACCAAUUAGAGAUAAAAGAAGAACCAAUGAAGAUAGAAAGAAGGUUAGAGAUAUUAGAGGUAUCAACAAAAGGUUUCAACGAUUGGAAUCACACGUUGUUACGUUAGCUCGAUCCGUAGCUCAUCUAUCGUCAGAGAUGCGUACGCAACAUCUGAUGAUACAAGAAAUGGAGAAUAUACGAGGAGAGAUCGCAGCUCUAAGGACGCAGACAAACAUGUUGAACGUGAGAGCUCAAAGCGCAGCUCGCGCUGUCAGUUCCAAAGAUUUACCUGUUCUGGCUAAUCCCGCUAGAGUGAAAAAGUUGACGAAGUUUUUUGGAGAUGAGCCGCCAUUGUUAAGAUUAUUUUUACGAAAACUAGGAUACGAGAAAUACGCGACGAUAUUUGAAGGGGAACGAAUAGGAAUGGUAGAACUACCUUAUUUAAGCGAAGAUAGAUUACAAAAGAUGGGUUUACCACUUGGUCCUAGAUUGAGAAUAAUGCAAGAGGCUCAAAUAUCCGUUUGUAAAGAUAACACUCUAUGUAUAUAAAUUCAUUCACCGAGAAACGCUUUGAAAACGAUAGAUGGCAUCAUUGAACCGAAUCAAUAAACUUGGAUACAAUUUAAAUUAAAUUUAUUCAUUCAAAUAGAGGAUUGAAUUAUUUGUCAUAUCUGUAAACAAGCUUCUUUAUAAUCUCUUCAAAAAAAUGUUUUUGAUAAUGGUUAAAGAUGAGUUAAGACGAUUUCUCCGAGCUCUACUCUAGUUUGGAUGCUCUAUUCCCAAGCCACUGCUUCACUUCCACACUGAAUAAACACAACAAACAACAGUUUUAAACGCAGUUACCAUAACCUCUUAUUUUUUUCGUUUGAUAAAAUUGAAUGAAAAUUUGGAAAUUUUUAUUUCUGAAACCGUUUCGAUUACAAGUUAUCGUCUUCAGAGACUGAAGGUAAACUAAAUUGACGUACGCCAGUCUUAGAGAUUGAAUUUUUCUCAUUUCAAAAAUAUGCGAAAUAUUGUGCUUGUCCCCCGUUUGGGGUCUCUAGAUGAAGCCAAAAAAUGGAAUUUUCAGGCCACAGUACUUGACGGGGUGGAACUUUUUUACCAUACACGAUAACGAAAAAACAGAAAAUAUGUUUGAGGUUAAAAAAAGUCUAUAAUCCUAUGGAUAGAAUUUGGGCGAUUCAUAGGAAAAAAUUCUGAAGCAAAGUCAGGAAAUUGUUGGAAACAGAUUAGACUCAAAAUAUUUUUUAGGCCAUUCGUGGCACCAUCUUUUGCCUUGGGUAGGUGACGUUAUAUAUCAAUCGAUAAAGUAAAAUAAUAGAAUUUCGUGGUCAAAGUUUCAAAAUUUUACUUACUAUAAUCCUAUGUAC